GAUCUGAGGUCACUAUGGUCUCUCGCUCUCUCGAUGGCUUUGUGAGCCUCUUUCUUUAGGCUUCGUCCCAUCAUUGGGCAUCGAAAAUGUGACGAAGGAAAACAGGAGAAGAGCCGAGAAGAGGGAAGAGGCGAUGGGAGCGUCGUCUUCAACCGAGCAAGUUCCAGCGGAGCAGCGCGAGGCCGAGAGCCUGGCGGCGUCGACAGGAGCACUUCCGAUGCUUCGGAAUGCUUUCACCGUCCUCGCCGAUCCCCAAACCAACACCAUUCCGCUUCACUCUCUUCAGAAAUGCUUUAGCUUAACCGUUCAGAAUCCUGAAUGUGAAGCAACUGCAAUUCCAGCACACUUUCAGAGGUUGUUGGCUCAUCUGGGACCAUCCGUAGUUGACCUGUUUUUCUUGGCUGAGAAAGGGGGUAUUAGUUGGAUUGAGUUCUUGAGAGGUUACGUGAAAUGCUGUGGUUCAGCGUCCGCUUCUUCAUCAUUUAAUGCAUUAUUCAGGGUGUUUGCCAUGGGAGUUGCAAAGGCAGGUCUUCCUGCAAAACUGAUGUUUGAAUCGGAUGAUGCUCAUUCUAAAAUGAGCGGGUUCUUAAUACCCACUGAUCUACUCAUGUUUCUCUGGAUGUGUUAUAUUAUGUCGUGGGAUUCUAAGGAUUUGGAGUUGUUUGGCGGGGAAAGAAAUCAUGGUCUUCCAGAUUUGAGUCAUCUGGUGCUAUCAUCUGUUUUAUCAUGUGCUGAAGUUGGUGUUGACUUCAACCCAUGGGACUGUGAUAUCUUGGGCAUGACCAUGCAACUUCCAGCAGGAAAACUUCACAUGUGGGCUCUGAGAACAGUUCCAAGCCUUCCUGAUUGCUUUACACAAUUUGUCCAUGGAAGAAUCCAGAAAUGUAUUACAUCAGAGAACAAGUCAGACCCAUCAUGCUCAUCUGUCCACGAUCCUCCUGCAAUAGUGGACCCCAAUACUACUCAUCUAACCAGAGGAAGGGCCUGGGCCAUUUCCCUUACCAUGAGGAGCACUUUAAGGGAGGAGAUUUUGAAAGUAUGCUUCUCCAGCUACAGUGGUGGAACCAAUGAGAGCCUCCUUUACCGGUCAUCUCUUCACGGGAGAGGCCUGAAUCGUUUCUGGUCAAGUGUUGAAGGUUACAAUGGCCCCAUGCUGGUUUUAAUUGCUGCUAGUUUGGGAGAUAGUUAUGAAGAUAAUGGAGAAGUCAAGAGAUGGAUUCUUGGUGCACUUACUCAUCAAGCUUUUGAGAAUGAAGAUAUGUUCUAUGGAAGCGCUGGCUGUCUGUACGCUAUAAGUCCAGUAUUUAAUGUGUUCUCAUCUUCUGCAGGGAAGGAGAAGAACUUUGUGUAUAGCCACUUGCAUCCUACUAGUAGAGUGUACGAGCCACACCCAAAGCCUGUAGGAGUUGCAUUUGGAGGAUCUAUUGGGAAUGAGAGGAUAUUUAUUGAUGAAGAUUUUUCAAAAGUUACCGUUCGCCACCAUGCUUUUGACAAAACUUACCAAGCUGGUUCCCUUUUCCCCAAUCAGGGGUUCUUACCAACUGAAGCUUCGGUUUUAGAGGUGGAAGUAUGGGGAUUAGGGGGCAAAAAUGCCAAGAGAACCCAAACUUCUUAUAAAAAGAGAGAAGAACUUUUCACUGAACAGAGACGCAAGGUUGACUUAAAAACGUUUGCCAGUUGGGAGGAUUCGCCUGAGAAGAUGAUGAUGGACAUGGUCUCCGAUCCCAACAGUGUCAGGCGGGAAGAUCGAUAAUGGAGCAGCUGCACAGCUAGAAUCUCUGUGUUUGAACCUGCAUAUGUAAAUGGUGUUGUAAAUAACCCAAACGAAGGUGGUUAUGCAAAUAGUUUGCUUUGCUUUCCACUAUAGACAACUGUCUUCUGCACUUCAAAAACAAGAUCCUGCAGCCUGCUUUGCCAAGACAUAUUAGAAUAAAACCUGCUUGGAUCCGCAAAAGCUUUUGGUAGAGCGCUUGUUAUAGUCUAUUUUGACUCUCAGAGUUGUUUAUUUGCAGUAGCAAUGAUAUGGUGUUGCUCUUCUUUUUGUUUGUUUGCUUUGCCCUGCUUCCAUCCCCUGUUCGGGAGAGAGAUUUUACCUUAAAACAGAAUGAAAUGAAAUGGAAUGUUCUAUUCAAA